AUGUGGUCGGUUCUGGAACCACGACGCGCUGGAUCCGGCGAAGCCGAAGAAGGUUACUGCGACACUGUGUGUGGACAGCACUGGUAUAGCACCAACGACAGAGGAUUCGCUAUGCUAUCGCACGAGGUUAUCUCAAACGCAAUGAUGGACCUCACGGCCAAAUACAUGCAGACAUCGGAAGGAGUUGCGUAG